GCAGUGCUAGUGCCGUACACGAUACACAAACUCUGCGCGCCACAAUGCAUGCAUGCAUUAUCCGUGAGCCACCGUGUUAGCAUCGUCCGUCGAGAAAAGAGCUACUUUUUCGUUCCGUUGUUUUGGACUUAAAUCCUCCCUCGAUGUGCCAGUUAACAGGACAGUUUUCCACCGCCCCUGUGUCAGCAUUUAUGGCGUUUGCUAAAAUCUCUGGAGAAUUCUGCCGAAGCCAGCACAAGUGAACUGUUGACGGAUCUUGGUUUUCGCAUACGAGGGACACUCUUACAAUUGCUACUGCAUUCCCUCAGAGGCGCCCUCGUUUGACACAAACCCAAACGACUCUGGACCCCCACCGACUCGUGAGGGUUCAUUGCCGCUACGACACGUGCAAUCUGCUCUUUGGAGGCCUCGCUUGCAUGCGCGGGCUUCACUUCAGCACAGCGGAAGCUGUCGCACUCAAGCUAAACUCUGGACGCCACGGAUGGGGUAAGGUGACAGCCGUUGACAGGGCAAAGGCCUGGGCCUCUCAAGGGUACCAAAUUGGGGAUUGGUCAGUUAGGGGAGCUGGCUACUGCGGACUCGCUUUCCCAAAGGUCAAGAACAAGCCAAAUCGGUGAGAAAGAGCACCUAGAGAGCUUGCUUCUAGGGACCUCAUUCGUCAGCUGUGAGUGUGUGUGAGUACAAGAGGAUACUUGCCUUGGAAGUUUGUGUCCAACAUCCCCCUCCCCCAGAGUUGUUCUUUUCUUCGUCUGUCGUCGUGGUGAUCCUAUGAGGAACUACACUAUCAACAUGGCAAGAAGCGUGCGUCCAGCACCCGUAGAAAUCAUCUACAAGCAUACACGAUUUCUCAUCAUCCACAACCCUGACAAGAAUGGCAUGGAUUACUUCAUCAAGGAAUUGAAGAAGAGAGACAUUGUGGAAGUGGCGAGAGUUUGUGAGCCCACCUAUGAGACCAAAUUACUGGAGAACGAAGGGAUCCAAGUCCUGGACUGGGCCUUUGACGAUGGCGGUGUGCCUUCUAACGAUAUUAUUGAGAAGUGGUUGGAUCUUGUGAAGAAGCGUUUUAGUGAGACCCCGGGGAGUUGUGUUGCUGUGCACUGUGUGGCAGGAUUAGGACGUGCCCCUUUGUUGGUUGCUGUGGCAUUGAUGGAGGCUGGCAUGGGUUACGAGGAUGCUGUCACCUUAAUCAGAGAGAAACGCCGUGGUGCCAUCAAUGCUAAACAACUGGCCUUCCUGGAGAAGUAUCGCUCCCGCAUGAGACUAAAACACAAGAAAAACAACAAAGACCAGUGCUGCGUUCAGUAAAUGUUAUCUCCAAAACUGUCACCCCAAGAGAGAAAAAAAGAGGAAAGUAAAUCAUCAGGACAGGAGCAACAUUCAGUACCCCACUAAAGCAUUUGUUAAUUUAGGAAGGGAAUUGUUUCUUCUCAUGAACCAAAAAUAUUAAUUGAUUUUGCAUUAUAUUGUUUACAGGUUGAUAUAAUGUACAUGUAUACUUAUUCAUAUGACAUGUGUAUGUACUGAAGGAUUGCCUUCCUUUUCCUGAAUACUUUGAAUGGUUUUGCCACAUUUUGACCCAUGCUUAAUUGUCGUUUUUCUUUGAAUACAACCUGCUUUCCUUAUAGUCAUGGAUUUUUGCAGAUUCAAGGAAGCUUUGUAUUAAAAAAAAUACAUGGAAAUGAAGGAUCAAACCAUAAAACUUUCUAGUAAUGGACAUUAUUUGUUCCCCAGAACAUUGGAAAAUGAAAUUAGUUUUGCUUGGCAUUGCCUUGUUGCUUUGGAUACCUGGUGAAUGUGAAUGACCCCAGGUUAUUUGGCAUUGCCUUGUUGCUUUGGAUACCUGGUGAAUGUGAAUGACCCCAGGUUAUUUGGCAUUGCCUUGUUGCUUGGGAUACCUGGUGAAUGUGAAUGACCCCAGGUUAUUUGGCAUUGCUUUGUUGCUUGGGAUACCAGGUCAAUAUGAAUGACCCCAGGUUAUUUGGCAUUGCUUUGUUGCUUGGGAUACCAGGUCAAUAUGAAUGACCCCAGGGUAUUUGGUAUGCAUAUGUCAUGCUAGAAGUUACAUGUCCAUAUUUAAUUUCACACUUCACUGAUUUUCAGGAAGUGAAUGACGCUAUUUCAAAGGUCACUACCUAAAUAUCAACUAGACAUUAAUUAUUUGUCUGUUUUAUCAGUUCUUUCUGUUGGAAUUUUUUUUUGUUUUAGCUAAAUGAUUAGUAUUCUGUUUGUCACCCAGCAAUAUGUCAAUAAUGGAUGCACUUGUUAAAAAGUAGUCCUUGUGUGUGACGUGAAGACUGACCAGUCUGACGUGUGUUUUCCCCUAUUGACGUGGCAGCUCAUAAGACAACAUUUUGAUGUAAUAUUUUUUUUUUGUGGGGGGGGGCUGGGAGAUUUGUAGAACUGCUCCUGUCACAGCUGGAAAAAAGUUGAAACUUUGGAGAAAAUGUGCCCAAGAAACACUUCCUGGAUUUGAAAUGUUUGGCAAAGCUAACACGUUCUAAACAAGUUUGAGGGUAGGUUCAGACUUUGGAACAAAAGGACUCCUUCGCGCCAAUAGACUUAUUGUUUUGAAAGAGGGCUUCAAAAGUAACAUAUUUAUUUAUUGAUCAGUGUAAUACAGUACUACACCUUCCGUUGUUUUCUUAUAUUGAUCAUUUCUUUUAAAUAGAAUUAGGUUGAGAUUUUAUCUCCCUGAAUUUCAAAUUUCUGAAAUCACUCAUUUAUUUUGAGAACUUUGUUUGGCUUUCACAUUUGCACAAAUUUCCAACUGUUAGAUUUUGUGAUUAAUUAUUUAUAAUUUGUUUUUGUACAAAUUUAUGAAUUAUUUCCAGCAGCAUCUAGAAUUCCAAUAUUGCUCUGAGAGAGUAUGCAGUGGUUGUGAUUAGCAAACAAUUGCAUCCAGAAACAUGUAAAUCUUAGUUGAGUAGCCAUGCUGUAAUUGUCAGAGCAGAAAUGUCAAAUGUCAGGUGUCAAAGUUCAGGGUCAUGUGAGAACUGAGAAAUAAUAUCUCAGUGUACAUGGACAUGUGUGGGACAGUGUGGGUUGGAACUGACCUAUCGCUGUUUGCGAGUUAGCCACUUUUGGUAGACAAAUCUAUCAUAUAAUGUACUUUAUGUUUUUACUGUCUCCGAUUUUGAAUGUCCUGCAUCCACUUUGUAUUGGGCUGUAUUUCACAAGCUGCGUUAACAUAAUUUUGUUACGAUGCUCGUUUGCCAAGUCAAUUGAAAAUUAUAAUAUUCCUGGUUUUAUUUAUUUUUAUCUCAGCUUUUUUUUUGAACCAUUGAAUAGUCAUGUUGCUCCAUUUCAAGUCAGUUGACCUCAUACUUGCUGACCUUUGACUUUAAAGCAAGCUGUGGAUUCAGUUGAAAUGAUUUGUAUCGAAUUAUUUUGUUAACGUUUAUUGCACUGUUCUGUAAUUUUAGUGAGUUAUGUUCUUUUCUAGAAAGGUCUACAUGUAUGCUUGGUAGAGACUGCACACCUUGGCAUUUUUCAGGAAUUUUUUCUUUUCCCUUUUGCACCAUCGUAAACAAUGAAUUUUUAGGUUUUGGAAGUUUGUACUAAUGUACAAGCAAAGCCACUUUAAUUUGGUGCCAAUGGGAUGAAUUGUUGGAAUUGUAUCUUGAUUAUAUUUUCUGCAUGAUCAUAAACUGUGAUGUAAAAAUGUUUUUAAUAACACAUUUAUCAAAAAAGAAAUGAAUUUGUGGAAAAUAAUUUCAUGGUGAAACAGGCUGAAGUUAGUAGAACUGCAGAAUAUCUCAUUUGAAAACCAAAUCAGAAGUUUGAUUAGUACAUGUAAGUAGUUAAAUUGUGAUACUUGAGUAAUGACUGUUUGUCCGCUAACCCUUACUAACAACUGAAAAAACUGAAGAAAAUGCCUUUGACUCUUACCACUGGACUAGCAGUUUAAUGAUGGACAAAGUCUAUUUUUCACACUGCAUUUGUACUCUGAAAGUGUGCUUUUAAAUAACUAUUUUUAGGUGCUGAAAUUUCAAUGCCGUUAAAUUUGAUAUGUCCCUUCGUCUUGUUGAUGUGCUCAACGCCAAAGCCGUGUGAUAGAGUUGUAGUAAAUACCUCAAGUAGACUGUGAUAUUAAUAACUAUCUUGAAAGGCAAAGGUAGAAAAUCCCGAGUAGAAUGUGAUGUAUAGUGUGAGCGUUGUAUUCACUUUCUACUAACAAAGUGGUGGUGUAACUUUUCAGAUGUUUACUGUGAAUGAAACAAACUGGUGUUGGAUCUGAGACUGUUACCCACAACAUGUUUGUGAUAAGCUGUGUUUUUACUCAUCCCCAAAAAGAUCAAUUGUUGCUCUUUAGACCCACGCAGUCACUUCAAAUUUCAAGCUGCUGUAUGAUUUUCAACUCUACUAGGUAGCCAUCUUGAAAUGUCUCAAACGCAAGUUGCAUGGAAUAGCUGAUACCUUUACCCUUGCAUUGUAACAUGUACCAAGGAUUUGGGUACUAGACCAAGGUAUAGCCAUCAGCAGGUAGUUCUGAUUUUGUUUCACAAGAUUUUUCUUUAGUUCCAAUCAGUGAACUUUGGUGAACUUCAAGUCACAAUUACUGUAACUAUACUCAUGAUUAGUCACGUUGCACAUUUUUUCUAUUGUGAUUGAUUGCUUAAAAUUCUGGACACUUGUUUUGUCAUUAUUUUGAUUUUGACAAACUUAGUUCAUUUUUCCCAAAGGGUGUGAAUUGUUUUCUAGUCCGUUAUUGGUACUGAUAUUCAAACGACUUGGUUUUGGUGUGCUGGUGUCCAGUUUGUAGUCUUUUUUAUGAAUAUUCAUUUUGACAAUCCAACAUGCCACUUGCUUUUCUUCAAUAAUAUCACUCAGAAUAUGAGAUCAGUGCUUAAUGAAACUAAAACGGUUAAGGUGAAGUUGUACUUUGUCUUGUCAGUAUUACCACUGAGUUCUUUGGCGAAUUAAUAUGCUUAAAUUCCUGUCGAGAAAUCUGCAGGCAGCCUUCAAGUUUCAGAGGAUUAGGGCAUUAACAGACAUUAUUAGUUUUUCUGUCAAUUUGUUUCUUCCAAUUGGUGUUGUUGCUAUGGGGAGUGUCUGAGUGCACAUUUCUGAAGAAAUUAAUUUGCAUUAUAAUGUGCUUUACCCCUGAAAAUGGAAUAAUUUUGACAAAAAUACAAUCUCAACAAGGUUGACUUGAGUUAUCCCUCACCAAUAUUACAUUACUAAAUUUUGAACAGUGAAAAAUUUGUCUAUGAAAUCUGGAAAAAAAUUAAUGCCAGGUUUUGUUGUGUGCCCAAACAAGGUACAUGUGUAUGAUUGGAGUGUAUGCCUUGAUGUCAUUAGGUUUGUUGACCAAUGUGGAAUUUGCACAUAAUUAUCUCCUAUAAGAGUUGCUGCUCGUCCCCAUUACCAGAAAUAAAUCUUAUUUGAUUAAGUUAAAUAAAA